UGACAUCUAUAUUUCUAUAAAAAUCCAACCUUUCAUUAACCCCAAGAAAAAAGUUAAGUUAGCUUCCAGAAUUCCUUCAAUACCACCUUUGUCAAUUCCUCUCCAACUUCAACAAUGCCAUUUUCUUUCUUUCAUCUUCUUUGCUACAUUACUAUAAUAUUUGCAGAAGUUGAUGCAGUAAAUGAGGGCGCUUCGAAAUCUAAAUCUAAAUUAAGGUUGUUUGUGUUUGGAGACUCAUACGUUGAUACGGGUAAUUGGAGAAAAUCCAUUGGAAGUUCGUGGAAAGAGCCAUACGGCAUUACUUUUCCUGGCAAACCAUCUGGUCGCUUUUCUGAUGGUCGAGUCCUCACUGAUUACAUAGCAUCGUAUUUGGGGAUAAGAACUCCAAUAGCAUACAAAUGGAGGAAAGAGGUGAAGAGAUCAAAUUUAGAAUAUGGUAUGAAUUUCGCGUAUGGAGGGACGGGAGUGUUGGAUACUUUGGCCAAUCAACCCAACAUGACUACCCAAAUUGAUUUUUUUCAACGUUUGGUUGAACAAAAAGUGUACGGCAAGCAGGAUCUCGACAACUCCGUUGGCCUCAUCUCGGUCGCCGGCAAUGAUUACGCUACUUAUCUCGCUAGGAACACCCACGAUCUCCAGAAAUUGGGUGACUUCACUAAAAAGAUAAUGGAUCAGCUGGAAAUAAACAUAGACAGGAUCCGAGGUUUAGGAGUGAAAAGAAUAGCAGUAACAUUGAUUGAGCCAAUGGGAUGCAUACCUCUACAAGCUGCCUCUUCCUCCUAUUCAAAUUGCACUCAAGCCUUGAACUUAGGAUCUAAGUUCCACAACCAAAUGUUGAACCAAUCUCUCCAAAACUUGAAUGCUAAGGACAACUCUACUGCUUUCAUCACCCUUGAUCUCUACGAUGCAUUUUUUUCAGCUCUAAACAAGUUUACAACGCAUGCACCAGCAGGAAGUUUGGGAUUGAAGCCAUGCUGUGAGGGAAAAGAGAUGGGGAAAUAUUACUGUGGAAGUGUGGAUGAGAGUGGGGCAAAGCUGUACACUAUUUGUGAGAAUCCAAAUUUGUCAUUCUUUUGGGACACACUCCAUCCUUCUCAGAAUGGUUGGCAUUCAAUUUUCUCCUCUCUACGAUCUUCCCUUCACAAGCUCACUACCUAGUCAUUACUUUUCUAAACCAUAUACAUAUACUGAAGCUGCAUGUAAACUUGGGAGAAUUUAAUUAUUCAAUGAGUAGAUUUCAUGUCUCUUCUGUUUUA